GGGGGUGGGGGCCCGGGCCCCAACAGAUUUCUGCACCUUCGUGGGCAUCCAGGCACGCACCUCACUGUCAUUGAAUCUCGGGUUCGGAAAAAUCCCUUAAGGCAGAAUGACUGUUUUCCGAACCAGCUCAUGGACAAGAUCUUUGACUUGGGAAAACCCAGGUGAUGGGUAUUCUGGGCCAACCAACGGCCAGGUGCUUAACUGGCCUGCAGGGAGAACCCAGUUGAGCAGGUGUCCUGUCUGAGUUCAGACACCUUCACUGAGAUGGAUUCCACAGCCUACACUCUGAAUUUGACCCUAAAAGAAGAAGAAGAGGAAGAAGAGAUUCAGAGUCGGGAACCCGAGGAUGGCCCCACAGAUAUGCAGAAAGUCCGGAUCUGCUCAGAGGGUGGCUGGGUGCCCGCCCUGUUCGAUGAGGUGGCCAUCUACUUUUCCGACGACGAGUGGGACGUUUUGACGGAGCAGCAGAAAGCGCUGUACCGGGAGGUCAUGAGGAUGAACUACGAAACCGUCCUGUCGCUGGAAUUCCCAUUCCCUAAGCCCGACAUGAUCACUCGGCUGGAAGGUGACGAGGAGUCUCAGAAUUCAGACGAAUGGCAGCUCCAAGGAGGAAGCUUUGCAGAAAACGAGGAGUUGGACGUCAAGCCCCCGGAUUGGGUGGGGCCGAUGAACGCCGCCCCCCACUUUCCUCAGCCUCAGCACCUGGACGGCUUUGGCCUCCGCCUGCCCCGGGAGCUCACGGAGCUGCCCGAGUGGAGUGAGGGGUACCCCUUCUACAUGGCCAUGGGCUUCCCGGGGUAUGACCUCUCCGCGGACGAUCUCGCCGGCAAGUUCCAGUUCAGCAGGGGCAUGCGGCGCAGUUACGACGCGGGGUUCAAGUUAAUGGUGGUGGAGUAUGCCGAGAGCACCAACAACUGCCAGGCCGCCAAGCAGUUCGGGGUGCUGGAGAAGAACGUUCGAGACUGGCGCAAGGUGAAGCCGCAGCUCCAGAACGCCCACGCCAUGCGGCGGGCGUUCCGCGGCCCCAAGAACGGGCGCUUCGCCCUGGUGGACCAGCGCGUGGCCGAGUACGUCAGGUACAUGCAGGCCAAGGGGGACCCGAUCACCAGGGAGGCCAUGCAGCUGAAAGCUCUGGAGAUCGCCCAGGAAAUGAACAUUCCGGAGAAAGGGUUCAAGGCCAGCUUGGGCUGGUGUCGGAGGAUGAUGCGAAGGUAUGACCUGUCCCUGCGGCACAAGGUGCCGCUGCCCCAGCAGCUGCCCGAGGACCUGACGGAGAAGCUGGGCACGUACCAGCGGAGUGUGCUGGCGCUGCGCAGGGCGCACGGCUACCAGGUGGCCCAGAUGGGGAACGCCGAUGAGACGCCCAUCUGCCUAGAGGUGCCCUCGCGGGUGACGGUGGACAACCAGGGCGAGAAGCCCGUCUUGGUGAAGACGCCCGGCAGGGAGAAACUGAAAAUCACCGCCAUGCUGGGCGUCUUGGCGGACGGGAGGAAGCUGCCGCCCUACAUCAUCCUGAGGGGCACGUACAUCCCCCCCGGCAAGUUCCCCAGCGGGAUGGAGAUCCGGUGCCACCGCUAUGGCUGGAUGACGGAGGACCUGAUGCAGGACUGGCUGGAGGUGGUGUGGCGGCGGCGGACGGGCGCGGCGCCCAAGCAGCGGGGCAUGCUGAUCCUGAACGGCUUCCGCGGCCACGCCACCGACUCGGUGAAGAGCUCCAUGGAGAGCAUGAACACCGACAUGGUCAUCAUCCCCGGGGGCCUGACCUCGCAGCUGCAGGUGCUGGACGUGGUGGUAUACAAGCCGCUGAACGACAGCGUCCGGGCCCAGUACUCCAACUGGCUGCUGGCCGGGAACCUGGCGCUCAGCCCCACCGGCAACGCCAAGAAGCCGCCCCUGGGCCUCUUCCUGGAGUGGGUCAUGGUCGCGUGGAACAGCAUCUCCAGUGAAUCCAUCAUCCAGGGGUUCAAGAGGUGCCACAUCUCCAGCAGCCUGGAGGACGAAGACGACGUCCUGUGGGAGAUCGAGAGCGAGCUGCCGGGGGGAGGGGAGGCACCCAAGGAAUGCGACCCCGAGAGCGCGCCGGAGGGCAACUGACAGCCGGGGACACCAGCACAUGGCACUGUUUGUUUGAAAGAGGUGAGAGGAAAAUCCUCAAGAAGAUACCUCCGAGUGUGGACGCACAGGCAGCCGCAGAAGGCCGGGGGGCCGAGCGACCCCAUGUCCGGACUGUGCCCCCUGUCCUGUGACACGGCCUACCCCACCCCCCAUCCACCACGUGUCAGAAAAGCCUAGGACCCUUGAUUUCAGUGGAGACAUGAUUAGGGAAGAAACUGCGUCUGCCCCAUUUCUUUGUGUUUGAGAGAUUAAUCCAGGUGUCCAUCAAAAGAGAGCUGUAAAUAUGAACGAACAAAGGUAUUUCCUGGAGAAGAGGCUGUUCGUUUGUCACCAACAGGAGACCCCUGUGGGCCCAGCUCCACUGAUGUCCCCUCUGCGGAGAGAACCUCCAGUACAUUUUUCUUUCGCCUUUAAAAAUGCUUCCAAGAGCAGAGCCUGUCCCCACAAAGGUCAAGCCUGCAGAGAAGGCCUUGUAGAAAUGAGUCCCGUAUGUACACCUGCUACUAGACUCUUCCUCUUUUGGACAAAGGAGAUACUAAUAGUAACAAAAUUCGGGCCUCCCGGCCCGGUGCCCGCAAAUGGCUUUUCCACAGACAAACUAGGUUACGGUGGAAGAUGCAGGUUAGCGGGCUCUGCCGUUUUAGUUACCUUCCCAGUCUCAUUGGCAGCUAGACUUUCUUAGGGUCUUUGGUGGCCCUCUGUGUCAUUCUGUUUAACGAUGGGGCAGCAUUUAGUACCCGGCUCCUCGGUGUCUCAGGCUGCCUACGGAAGAAGUCGCUCGAAAUUACCUGCUGUCCACAUGGCACAAGGCUCCCUGACCCAGCAAGACCUGCUGUUGGUUUCUUUAAUAUUUUUAUCACAAGGACAUGAGAGGAGGCGGGCCUUUAGCCGCAGCCGUUCCAAGGCUUCUAAUGUCCUUCUGUCCUGCAGGAAUAGAUGGGCGGUCAUUGGAUUUUUACAUCAGAGUAAUCUGCAUUCCCACACACGAUGAGCGUUAUGAGAACAUUCCAAGCUCUCUGUGCUACAAAAAAACCAUGCCAGGACCUUCUAGACAAAGCCAUUGCCAGAAAUGUCAUUCCAAUGUCUGAUGUGCAGAACAGGCCACCAUAACCACUUUUCCUUCCGGUAGACUCCGCUCACAGACUGGACUGUUCUUGGCAUCUUGAAACACCUAUUUCUACUCAGGUACUCAUUCUCCUGUUAGUGACCCGCCUUCCUCAUCAGUUUAAAAGCCAGUUUUCCUCCAAGGGAGGAACUUUCACUUCGUUUCUGGUAUCUGAAUAACUUUCAAUUUUGGGACUGUUCCCCGUUUGCAUUCACCUGUACUGUAUUAUCUGUUCUCUUAAAUGGCAUCUAAAUACAGCUAUUUUCCAUUCCAGAAGUUUCCAUUCCCUCCACUUCUGCUUAGUUUACCCUCCACUGCCCUGGUUCCUGGCCCUUUUCUCUAUGUCCUGUUUUACUUGCUUUGGGAGCUUAAAUUUUAUAAGAUCUAAUUUUGGGUUCCUGCAUCGGAGCCGUAGUUUUCUCGCAGAGAAGAGUAGAAAAUGGGUUCGACUCCUAUGUCAUUCCACCACCAUCUUCUUGAGUCUCAUCAUCAGCUGAGAGAUGAUGCCUUACAGGUUGCACAGCACUGGAACUUUAUCCUAGAGUAAUGGCUCUACUGUCAGGGUGUUUCUGGGCUCAUUCUUCCACUGAAUUAUGAUCUAUGCUUAACAGAGUCCCAGUACAACUAUUUUGCAGAAUGGCUAUUACCCUAGAAUUACUAGAGCACAUAUCGAGACAUAGUUGUACUCCCCAGUAGGUAGAAAUUGACCCCAACAAUAAACUUUGAUAAUAAAGACAA